UUUGCGGCCACCUCAAGGGGUCCUCAUUCACGUGCGUCAGAGCAGCACGUUCCGUGGAUACACAGCCUGUCCAUCAUCAGGCGCCUUGCACGUUUACACUUUAGCUGAGCAACAGCUCUGUUUUGCUCGCGUCCAGUCACCACGUUGUUCCGCAGACUUUUCUCCAGAGUUGUCUGCUAUUCCAACAUGGGGAAAAGAAGCAGACAGCGGCAGAAAAACCAGAAUGCUGGCAGGGACAACAGAGACACCGCUGGUUGGGGAGCUGGGUAUGCUGACAUUAUCAAGGAGAACAAGCUGUUUGAGAACUACUAUAAGGAGCUAGGUCUGGUACCUGAGGGGGAGUUUGAACAGUUCAUGGAAGCAAUGAGGGAACCUCUGCCAGCAACCAUCCGCAUCACUGGAUACAAGAGCCAUGCCAAGGAGAUCCUUCAUUGUCUGAAGGAAAAAUAUUUCAAGGAUAUUCAGGAGCUGGAAAUCGAUGGUCAGAAGAUCGAAGCUCCGCAGCCUCUCAGCUGGUACCCUGAUGAGCAGGCCUGGCACACCAACAUGAGCAGGAAGAUCAUAAGGAAGUCUCCCCUGCUGGAGAAGUUCCACCAGUUUUUGGUCAGCGAGACCGAGUCGGGCAACAUCAGCCGACAAGAAGCUGUCAGCAUGAUCCCUCCUCUACUUCUGAAGAUUGAGCCCCAUCACAAGAUCCUGGACAUGUGUGCAGCUCCAGGGUCGAAGACAGCCCAGCUGAUCGAGAUGCUUCAUGCUGACAUGGAUGUGCCGUUUCCAGAGGGCUUUGUCAUUGCAAAUGACGUGGACAAUAAGCGGUGCUACUUGCUCGUGCACCAAGCCAAGCGGCUCAACAGCCCCUGUAUCAUGGUGGUGAACCACGACGCCUCCUGCAUCCCCACCCUGGAGAUCAACUCCAAUGGCAAGAAGGACGUCCUCUUCUAUGACCGCAUCCUGUGUGAUGUGCCCUGCAGUGGGGAUGGCACCAUGAGGAAGAACAUAGACGUGUGGAAGAAAUGGACGACCAGCAACAGCCUGCAUCUCCACGGGCUCCAGCUGCGUAUCGCUGUGCGUGGUGUGGAACAGCUGGCUGUGGGAGGGAGGAUGGUGUACUCCACCUGUUCACUCAACCCCAUAGAGGACGAGGCUGUCAUAGCAGCACUGCUGGAGAAAAGCGAAGGAGCGUUGGAGCUGGCUGACUGCUCGGCUGACCUGCCGGGGCUGAAGUGGAUGCCUGGGGUCACUUCCUGGAAGCUGAUGACUAAAGAAGGCCAGUGGUACACGGACUGGUCCGAGGUCCCGAGUAGUCGUCAUACGCAGAUCCGACCAACCAUGUUCCCGCAAAAAGACCCAGAGAAACUGGCAAGCUUUCAUCUGGAGAGAUGUAUGAGGAUUCUGCCACAUCACCAGAACACUGGAGGUUUCUUUGUGGCUGUGCUGGUGAAGAAAGCCCCGAUGCCUUGGAACAAAAGAUAUCCUAAGCUGAGGAAAGACUCCAAGCUGUCGAGCUCAGCUGCCCAAACCGGCAGGUCCAAGGAGGCUCCGUCACCAGGAGACACUCCACAUCUCCCCCCUGAAGGUUCCACUGAGAAGGUGGAGAGUAACAGCCAAGAGGAAAAAGUGGACAAGGAGGCAGAUGAGACGCCCGAAGGAGCUUCUGUGGGUCAGGAUGCCGGUGCUAAACCAGAGGGGAUGUGUGGGCCUCCACCCUCAAAGAAGAUGAGGCUGUUUGGAUAUAAAGAAGACCCCUUUGUGUUCUUAAGUGAUGAUGACCCCGUCUUCACCACCAUACAGUCUUUCUAUGAUCUGUCUCCCGACUUCCCCAAACUCAACGUCCUGACUCGGACCCAUGAGGGCAAGAAGAGGAACUUGUACAUGGUGUCCAAAGAGCUCCGUAAUGUCCUGCUCAAUAACAGCGAACGCAUGAAGGUCAUAAACACAGGGGUGAAGGUGUGGUCUCGCAAUAGUGAAGGAGAGGAGUUUGGCUGUGCCUUUAGACUGGCUCAGGAGGGUAUUUACACUCUGCAGCCAUAUAUACGCUCCAGGAUCAUUAGGGUGAGUGUGGAGGACAUCAAAGUGCUGCUGACCCAGGAGAACCCCUACCUCAGCAAGCUGGAGGAUGAAGCACAUGCACAGGCCCAGAAAAUUGGAAUGGGAAGCAUUGUGCUGAAGUACAUCCCAAACCCAAAUAACCCGGGGGAACCUCAGUGUCCCAUCCAGCUGUGUGGCUGGAGGGGAAAGACGUCCAUCCGAGCAUUCGUCCCCCGCAACGAGAGGUUUCAUUACCUCCGAAUGUUAGGUGUGGAGGUCUUCAGAGACAAACAGGGCCUCGGGCAGAAACGGAGUGAUGGAGAAAAGGACGGAAAGGAGGAAGCAGAGGAUGCGGCAGAGAAGGACGAAGAGCAGGAAGAGGAAAGAGCAGCAGACAAAGAGGUGGAUUUGGAGAACGGCAAUGAAAAUGGAUCAUCAGAAUCAAAGACCGACUGUGGUGACAAAGAGACGAGUAGCUGAGAGUGUGAAGGUGAUUGUAAUGAGAAAGGACUGACUGACGUAUCGCAGCUUUAAGAGCUGUUGACCAGGUCCACAACCACACGCCGUGGUACAGGAGGGUAACGCACCGCUACGGCUUCCUCUGCUCACCACACUGCCAGUGCACAAGGAUUCCCUCCCAGAGAUGCACUCCCGUGGGAUUUUUCAUUUAUUGGAGCCUCUCUAGGAGUCAGCAUUUUAGUUAAAUGGCUUAUAUUAUUUUAUAAACUUUUUUUUUGCAUUUUAACAAAUAUAGUCCACCGAUAAGUGGAACAGAUCCCUUUCAUUCAAUUGCUCACAUUUCAGGAGGUUUCUAUUAAUUGCUGUUUUAUUUUUUACACCUGUAAUUAAGCAGAAGUACGAAGCUGAUUAAAUGCUUAAAAGGUU